AUGGUUGAAGAGAUAUCUCCUACUGCAAGUAGGAUUGAUUUGAGUAAAAACUCUAUAGUGAAGGAUGCAGAUGGGAAUGACGUCGAUUUGAAAGAGCUCUCCGCCCAAGAAUUGAAAUUGUACAGGAUGUAUGGUAAAUUACCAUCAAAGAAGGAUCUCUUCAAACAUAAAAUGCAAGAGCGGAAAUAUUUUGAUAGUGGUGAUUAUGCUUUGAAUAAAGCUGGUGUGGUCAAAUCAAAUGACGUUAUCAAAAAUUCAAGCAAUAAUCUUCCAGUCACUAAUCCAAGCGGAUUGAGAGAAUCUAUAAUACGGAGAAGAAUGAGUAAUAGUGCUGGCUCCAUUGAUGCGACCUCUAUUAAAAAUAAAUUAGAGAGACAAGGAAGUAUAUCCAGUGGUCCACCACCAAGAUCUCCCAAUAAAUGA